CUAGAUCUUCACCCACGGCCACUCUCUCCCCCUUCCACCCAGUUUCCUCGCAGCCCCUCUCUAUAUAUAGACCCUCCUUCCUUUGGUUCACACGCUCAAUUGUUAUUACAGCCUUCGAUCUUUUCUUUCUCUUGGUCAAAACUGAGACAGCUUCGAUCUUAAUUGGCGGCUAUGGAUUGCUCUUCAUGGAGAAGCACUCACUUCGAUCUUAACGCUAAUCCUGUCAGAGUUCUUGAGGAUGCUUCGAACAAAGAGGUGGAAAGCCAUUUUGUAGACUUUGCAAGGAAGGUUUCAGUAAAAGAAGAGAGUGGUGCUUUAGUGGAGGAGAUGAACCGUGUGAGCGCAGAAAAUAAGAAGCUGACGGAAAUGUUAACGGUGAUGUGCGAGAAUUACAACGCUUUGAGGAACCAGUUGUCGGACUAUAUGAGCAAGAACUCCGACAAGGAGCUUAGCGGUUCAAGGAAAAGAAAGUCCGAAAGCAGUAACAACAACAUUAAUGGAGUUAACGGAAAUUCCGAGAGCAGCUCAACUGAUGAGGAAUUGCCAUGCAAGAAAGCUAGAGAAGAAACCAUCAAGGCAAAGAUUUCCAAGGCUUAUGUCAGGACUGAAGCAUCCGAUUCCAGCCUCGUUGUUAAGGAUGGAUAUCAAUGGAGGAAAUAUGGUCAGAAGGUCACCAGAGACAAUCCCUGUCCUAGAGCUUACUUCAAAUGUUCUUUUGCUCCAAGCUGCCCCGUUAAAAAGAAGGUGCAAAGAAGUGUGGAAGACCAAUCUGUGUUGGUUGCGACCUACGAAGGUGAGCACAACCAUCCAAACACUUCUCAGCUGGAGGCAACAAAUGGCUCGAAUCGCUGUGUGACCAUCGGUUCACUACCUUGCUCGGCUGGAUCAACCCUCACAGCUCUUGACUUGACAAAAGCGAAACCCAGUAGUACUGAUCAAAUUAUUGCCAAGCAAUCAAAACCCGUGGCCAAAAUGGAUUCGCCGGAAGUCAGACAGUUCUUGGUGGAACAGAUGGCUUCUUCCUUGACGAAAGAUCCCAACUUCACAGCAGCACUUGCGGCAGCCAUUUCUGGAAGAAUUUUACACCAAAAUCCAACAGAAAAAUGGUCAAGAAAUUGAGUACGAUGUUUUCCAUAGCUUUGUUGGACUAUUUAGAGGAUUAAUUAGGAUGUUUAUGUAAAUACAACAUUGGGAAGGGGGAAAGAAGAGUUUGGAACAUAUAUAUUGUUGAACUUCCUCAACUGUGAGGGACUGCAAUUUGGGCAGGUUGUACACUAGGCAAUCCAAGCUCAGUUUGAGCCACUGGUAAUCAUAUUCGUGGUUUUAAGGAUUGAGCAUUAGAGCCAGCUGAUCAAUUGAAGCAGUAAAACACUUGAAGAAUCUGGUUCUAGCGCUCAAUCAUAGCCUCUUUAUA